GGUUUCCCCCUGCAGUUCACGGUAGCGUAGGUAGUUUGCAUAAGGGAGUUGCUUGCAUUUUCCUCAGCGGUGUGUCACGCGCUACCUGAAGUCAUGGCUGACCAGGUGGCUGCCAUGUGCGAUCAGCUCACCAAAGCUGUGCUCGUGAUGAUGGAUGUAGAAACAAGCCAAGUUUACCGGCUGGAGGCCCUAAAGUUUUGUGAAGAUUUUAAAGAGUCAAGCGACCUCUGCAUCCCAUGUGCUUUGCAAUUAGCUGACAAAACCAAGCCGGCUGUAGUGAGACACUUCGGGUUGCAAACAUUGGAGCACGUCAUUAAGUUCAGGUGGAACAACAUGCCACAAGAAGAGAAAGUGCAGAUUAAGGAGUGUGCCAUGCAGCUUUUAUCCAGUGGUACCCAUUCCAUCCUGGAGGAAGAGAGCCAUGUGAAGGAUGCUCUGUCAAGAAUCAUAGUGGAAAUGAUCAAGAGGGAGUGGCCUCAACACUGGCCUCACAUGCUGAAAGAGAUGGAGUCUCUCACCAGCCAAGGGGACGUGCAGACAGAGGUGGUCAUGUGGAUUCUGCUGAGGCUAGCAGAGGACGUGAUCACCUUCCAGACGUUGCCAAGCCAGAGGCGCAGAGACAUCCAGCAGACGCUCACCCAAAACAUGGAUAACAUCUUCAGUUUCUUGUUGGCUGUUCUGCAUGUCCACGUAGAGAGCUAUCACAAAGUGAAAGGACAGCCUGGUCAUGAACUGCAGGUCAGAGCUCACUGUCGAGUUGCCGUGGCUACGCUGAACACACUCGCAGGCUACAUCGACUGGGUUUCGCUGACCCACAUCACCUGUGGAAACUGUCAUCUGUUGGAGACACUGUGUCUGCUGCUGAGCGAGCCGGAGCUGCAGCUUGAGGCCUCAGAAUGUUUGCUUAUCGCUUUGAGCCGAAAGGGCAAACUGGAGGACAGGGAGCCAUUUAUGCUGCUCUUUGAUGAUGUGGCCAUCCAGUGCAUCCUCUCUGCAGCUCAGUCAGCUGAUGGACUGUCGACGUCGAUGAAUUCCUCUGAACCAUUAGCAGGAGAUGUGGUGGAGCGCCGUUACGUCUUCCUGAAGAGGCUCUGUCAGGUGCUGUGUGCGCUGGGAGUCCAGCUCUGCUCAGUGGUGGGGUCAGAUGUAAAUGUUGGAGUCCCUGCAAAUCUUAGCAAGUACACAGAAGCUUUAUUAGCCUUCACUACGCAUCCCAGCCAGUUUUUAAAAUCCUGCACUCUGGCAACAUGGGGAGCUCUAUUCAAACACGAGGUUCUGUCCAAAGAUGCUGUGAUUGUGCAGAUGGCUGUCAAAUACCUCAAAGUGUCCAUGACUAACCUUGUCAAGACCGGGUUUCCAUCCCAAAACGAUAACCCGAGUUCGGAAUACUCCCGCAUGGACUUCCACAGCGAUGAGGACUUCCACUUUUUCUUCUACUCUUUCCGAGGACAGCAGGGAGACGUUUUGAAGACCGCAAGUCGCAUCGUUCCUCUGGAGGCGUUCCAGACUGCAGCAGACUGGUUGCAUUACCAGAUUGCCUGUCCGAUUGAUCUCGGACAAACCGCCUCGAAGAGCUCCAAGGGCUCGUGUUCCCUCAUGUCUCCAUCAGUGGUUCAGUGGGAUGCUAUGACUGUUUUCAUGGAGUGCGUGGUGUCGCAGAUCCUCAAAACUCUCCCAGAAGAGAAGUUACCCGUAGAUCAGAGCAUGGAGCUGCUGCAGGCGGUGCUGAACUACGACACCAAAGACCCGCUGAUCCUUUCCUGUGUGCUCACCACCGUCUCUAUCCUUCUCCCCUUCCUCGUCCACAGACAACAGCUGGUGCCACAAGUUCUCCUUAAGUUAUUUAAGGCGGUGACGUUUGAAGUUGAUCAGGAAAAUAAGGGACCUCGAACCAAAUCUGUGAAGAAUGUGAGGAGACACGCCUGCUCCUCCAUCAUCAGGAUCUGCCGGGAUUACCCACAGUUCAUCUUGCCUUGCUAUGACAUGUUUCACAGUAACGUGAAGAAGCUGCUGUCAAGCGACGCCUCACAGACCUGCAUGGAGAAGGCCUCCCUGGUGGAAUCCUUGGUGCUCAUCAGUAACAAGUUUCAAGACUUUGAAAAGCAGAAGGCGUUUCUAGAUGAGCUGCUGGCUCCUGUUCUUGCAGAGUGGACCUCAGAGGAGAUGAGGAGUGUGUUGUGGGAUCCGGUCAAGUUAUUGUCAUUUGUUGGGGCUGACCAGGUGGUCGCUGAGCAAGAUGAACACACAAAUAUGGCAAGCCUUAACAGGGGACGGAUGAGUUUCUGCCUGAACGCCGUGCUGGCGGUGGUUAAGCGAGCACGCUGGCCUGCAGAUGUGGAAGAAGCCAAGUCUGGAGGGUUUGUUGUGGGUUACGACCUCACCGGAGCCCCCAUCUACAGAAACCCCUGCAGCGCCCAGUUUUUGGCCUUUAUGCCCAACCUGCUGGCACUAAUCAGGACUCAGAACAGUCUCUUCAUGCCAGAGAACAUUGCUCGUCUCAGUGAGACUUUCGUUGGAGCCCACGAGUUGAUGGACACAGAGAAAAACAUAGUUAUUGGUCUCCCUCAACUCCCAAUGGAUUUCUAUGACUCGCCCGUGUAUAGGAGCAACCUGGAGCGCAUGCAGGGGUUUUUGGGAACUUUAUACGACAACUGCUUCUCUUUGCUCGGGAGCGCAGGCGCAUCCCUGCAGAAGGAAUUCUACACCAUUGACGGGCUGGCUGAAUUAAUCGCCGGCUCUGCUUUCGUCUCACUCGAUCAAGUGCCUGACCACAGACUCCGUUCCAUCAUUCGUCUGUUUUUGAAGCCACUUGUGGUUUCAUGUCCCCCAGAAUAUAAUGAAAGUCUGCUGCGCCCCCUGCUGGCACCUCUGUUUGCUUAUAUGAUGCAGAGACUCAGCAUGAAGUGGCAGGUCAUCAGCCAGAGAGCAUCUGCUGAUGGUGAUGAUGAGGAGGAGCAGGUGGUCUGCCAGAAGAGCGAGGUGACGCAGGAGAUGUUGGAAGAGCAGCUGGUGCGGCUGCUCACCAAAGAAGUCCUGGAUCUUCUCAAUCUGAGCUGCAUUUCCAAAAAAGUGGCCGAACCAGCAGCAAGCAAAGAAGAAAAUGGGGAGGAAGACAUGAUGAUGGAUUCGGUGCAGACUUCGUCCGUCCCGGAAGACCUGACCGAGCUGGGGAAGUGCCUCAUGAAACACGAGGACAUCUGCAUGUUGCUGUUGACGCUGUCCUUCACUUCGCUGUCCUGGAAGGACGCCACUAACUGUAAUCGCACAGCUUCCAUGGUCUGCUGGACUCUUCUCAGACAGGUUGCAGCAGGGAAUCUCCUUCCUGAAGCAGUCACGUGGUUCUUCACCAGUGUUCUUAGGGCGCUUCAGGUUCAUGGGCAGCAUGAACCCUGCAACUUGACCCUCUCUCAACUUGCUAUGGUCAUCUAUGAAAACCUGCGGCCACGCUAUGUGGAGCUGAGAGGCGUGAUGAUCCAAAUCCCAAACAUCAACAUUCAGGCCCUUGACCAGUUUGAUCAGAAGCUCAUGGACCCCGGCGUUCAGAAACCUACAGAGAAAAAGAGGAAGGACCAGUUCAGGAAACUCAUUGCGGGAACCAUUGGGAAAGCUCUGUGCGAGCAGUUCAGGAAGGAGGUACAUAUCCGCAAUCUUCCAUCGCUCUUUAAGAGGCCUAAACAAGACAAAGAUGUCGUGGACAGUGAAGUGGAGGGCCUUGCAUCCCUUUUUUCCCCGGAGAACAUUUCUCUUUAGAGACACGUUUUAGCUGGAAUAAUUAAACAGAGACUUUUGUGCACAAACUACAGUUCCCCUCAUCCUCUUUGUUUUCCCAUAAUCAGUCGUCUUUGAACUGCAUCACAUUUUUAAAUGAAGAAUUCCAACAUUUCUGUUUUGUUUUAAUGAAUGUUGGAUACUUUUUUUUGUAACACAAUAGAUAUGAAGAUGCUAGAAAUUUUCUAGGAAAUGUUUUUAACAGAAAUAUCUGCCAAAUUAUUUUGCGUUAUGCUGGUAGGAAUUCAGUUGGACAAGCCAUGACCUUCGGCUGUGUUCAAGCUUUGAGACACAAACUGAUCAGUAAUUUGUGAUCUGAAAGAUUCGUUUUGGCCUUUUAUUAACAAACACUAAGCAUAUCAUGUGUUGAUGCAUAUCUUCAGAUCCAGUCUGUUAAGCAGGCGAAUUGUUUUGAAAUACUUUAUUGCUCAUAUUUGAUUUUUAGAUUGACUGGUUACAUAUUUUUUUCUUGAACAUUGUUGUAUUGAAACAAAGUGGAACUAAAAUAGGGGACAGUUGUAAGUUUUCUUAUUUUGUUGCUAUGUUAAUUUAUAUUUGGGGGGUACAUUGGUUGAUAUACCUUUUAAAAUAAUUUCUCAAUGUCUUCACUUUUCUUUGUAAAGGAUUUUUUGAUUUACUCAUAACAGUCAGCUGUUUGUUUGACGGGUGUUAUGAUUUAUGGUUUGCCAUUAGUACUGUGUGGCCCAAGUUCUGUUUAAAUAUUUUUGUAGCAGUGCAAAUCCCAUGAAUUGGAUGGAAUUACCAAUGUGCCAAAAUUUCUGAUUUUUAAAUUAACGGGCAGCUAAUUAUGUCAGAAGUCUAAAAAUAAUCAAGAAAUGGCUAAAGAAGCUUAAUCCAAGUAUUUCUGUUUUAUGUGUUUUAGUUGUAUAAUUGUUUGUUGUACUGUUAUUGUUCCAUUGCAUCUUUUUUUUUUUUAAUGUGUGUAAAAUGUGUUUCUUCUGGUUUUGUCUCUCAGGACGAGCACCGAUGAACCAGCACGCACUACAUUCCUCUGUUGUCCAGGGUGAAGCGUUUUAAAUUUGUUGUGUGGAUUCUGUUCAAAUACAGCUGUUUUUGCAGAUAUUCA